AUGGUCGUGGAGCAUAUUGUAAAGAGCAGUGACAUGUCGUCAACACACCAUGCCAGGUUGAGGCCUUUCUCUGGGAAAACUCCCUGCCCCAGCCUGGAAGUCGAUUAUGACACUUGGCGUAGUAAUGUCGAAUUCUACUUCAGCGAUACCACAAUCCCUGACAAGCAAGUGGUCAGAAGGAUUGUAGAAAGUCUCCUUCCUCCAGCUGUAAAUGUUGUAAAGCAUCUUGGGCCCCAGUUGAGCCCACGUGACUAUUUGCAUGUUCUUGACUCAGCCUACGGUACUGUGGAUGAUGCUGAUGAGCUAUUUGCAGCAUUCCUUACUACCGACGCAGAGCCGGGUGAAAAGGCUUCUGCUUAUUUACAUCGCCUACAGUCAAUACUGAGCAAAGUAGUCAAGAGGAAUGGCAUUCCUGCCAGCGACGCAGACCGGCAACUGCUGAAACAGUUCUGCAGGGGAUGUUUCAACAAUAGUUUAAUCACACAUCUUCAGCUGUCCCAACUGCAGAAGGAUGCCCCACCCUCGUUCUCCGAGUUGUUGCUCUUAGUGAGGACGGAGGAAGACAAGCAGGCUGCUAGAUCUCGUCGUAUGAAGCAACAUGUUGGAUUUCACAAAGCUAAAGUGCAGUCUAAUAAUGUUAACGUGUACAACUCUGAUACAGAUGAGAGGGACAUAGCAGCCACUGCUGUAAAGGACAACUAUAAUGAGAGUACAAAGAAAAUACAAAAGCAACUUGCACAACUUCAAGCCCAGUUGGCAAACCUGAAAGCGUCCGUGGAUGAAUCUUCCACAAAGGCUACCUCCAAGGGAGCUAAGCCAAAGAAACCCAAUGAAAGGGAGCCUAAGACAGAGGCUGUCCGAAGAGGCAAAAAGAAACCACGAGCGUGGUAUUGCUUUAACUGUGGCGAAGAUGGACAUAUAGCGCCAGCUUGUCCCAAUGAGCCCAACCCAGAGGUUGUUGAGGCUAAACGCCAAGAACUCAAAGAGAAACAAAAGCUGUGGGACGAACAAAGCAAACAGGAUUUUUAA